UUGAGGAAGGAAAAGAUUUCUUUUCAAGAUGGAUCCAAGGACUUUCUUGUACUUCAGAGACUCCUCACCAGAACCCCAAUUACAGGUAUAAGGAAAUGCUAGAUCUAGUGAUAUCACCCAGUCUGACUGUAAAUAGAGAGUGCCCUGACAGACUGAAGCUUAACCUUUCUCACAUUUAUGCCACGGCUCCAGAUGACAUAGAAGGCAGCAGCAAAUCAGCACCGCAGUGUCCUCUCCAUCUGUACACCACAAAACAUUAUCCCCAUUUAGUGCCAGUCCCAUCCUUCCCCACGAUGGCAGCCUAUGGACAGGCUCAGUACAGCACGGGAAUCCAGCAGGCUGCUGCCUACACUGCCUAUCCCCCCCCGGGGCAGCCCUACGGAAUCCCGUCCUACAGCAUUAAGACAGAGGACAGCCUGAGCCACUCCCCAGGGCAGAGUGGCUUUCUCAGCUACGGCUCCGGCUUCAGCGCGCCCGCGGCGGGGCAGGCGCCCUACACCUACCAGAUGCACGGCACAACAGGGAUUUACCAGGGAGCCAAUGGCCUGACAAAUUCUGCAGGAUUCAGUGCUGUGCAUCAGGAAUAUUCCUCGUAUCCCAGCUUCCCUCAGAGCCAGUACUCUCAGUAUUACAGCUCGUCCUACAACUCCCCGUACGUGUCUGCCAACAGCAUCAGCCCCUCGGCCAUCCCCACCUCCACCUACUCCCUGCAGGAGUCUUCCCACAACAUCACCAGCCAGAGCACAGAAUCACUCUCUGGGGAAUAUUCAACAACACCAGCAAAAGAUGUGGAGACAGACAGACAUCACAGAGGGUCAGAUGGCAAGGUACGAGCCCGGUCAAAAAGAAGCAACGACCCUUCCCCUACUGCUGACAGUGAGAUUGAGCGUGUGUUUGUAUGGGAUUUGGAUGAGACGAUAAUUAUUUUUCACUCCUUACUCACGGGAACCUUUGCAUCCAGAUAUGGGAAGGACACCACAACGUCAGUGAGGAUAGGUCUCAUGAUGGAAGAAAUGAUCUUCAACCUUGCAGAUACACAUCUGUUCUUCAAUGACCUGGAGGACUGUGACCAGAUCCACAUAGAUGAUGUAUCAUCAGAUGAUAAUGGUCAAGAUCUAAGCACGUACAACUUCUCUGCAGAUGGCUUCCACAGUUCCACUGCCAGUGCAAACCUGUGCCUGGGCUCGGGGGUCCACGGGGGAGUUGACUGGAUGAGGAAAUUGGCGUUCCGCUACCGCCGGGUCAAAGAGAUGUACAACACCUACAAAAACAAUGUGGGGGGUUUAAUAGGAGCUCCUAAGAGGGAGACCUGGCUGCAGCUGAGAGCAGAGCUGGAGGCGCUGACUGAUCUCUGGCUCACACACGCUCUGAAGGCGCUGAACUUGAUACAUUCCCGGCCUAACUGUGUGAAUGUGUUGGUCACCACAACUCAGCUUAUACCAGCUCUGGCUAAAGUGCUUCUCUAUGGGCUGGGCACUGUCUUCCCCAUUGAAAACAUUUACAGUGCAACAAAAACAGGGAAAGAGAGCUGUUUUGAAAGAAUAAUGCAGAGGUUUGGAAGGAAAGCCGUGUACAUUGUAAUAGGAGAUGGAGUUGAAGAGGAACAGGGAGCAAAAAAGCACAACAUGCCCUUCUGGAGAAUCUCUUGUCAUGCUGACCUGGAAGCUCUUCGGCACGCCUUGGAACUUGAAUAUUUGUAGCAGAACCCAACACCUUAGCACUGGGAGGGCUUCACUCAGACUCUUACAUCGGUUCCAGCUAUUCCUCAAUGUUUUCUUAGUAAAGAAAAUCCCACAGCAACUGCAGUUUUUCUUUUUUUUGAAGGAGAACCCUUUCAGUGGAAGCCUUUAAGAACUUGCAGCCAAAGAAUAUUGUCUCAAGUCCUCCUUCCUUUGGACAGAGGAGAAUCCUCCUGAUCAGUCACUGGGAUGCUGCAGUUGCUGGCUGAGGUGGAGGCACAGAGCUCUAAUGGCCUUUUUGCCAUCAACAAGGCAAAUGCUACAAGUCUGGGUCUCCCUGUCAGCAUUCUUGGUUUUGAAAGGGGAAGAGGACAACACAACAAGGAGUCUGCACAAUCCAUCACACCACACAGAACCUCCUGAAAAUAGGAGUGAAACUGUUGAUUUUUUUUUGUUUUGUUUUAUUUUUCUUUUUUUUUUGUAUUUUUUUAAUUUAUGAACUAAUCUCAUUACUCUGGUAUUAAGCUCUGUACCUGUUUUUCAUCUGGCUUUUGGGGGUUGGGGGGGUGGGGAAAGUCUUACUGUUCUAAAUUAAUAGUUCAUUUCUCCAGAACAAACUCUGGGGAGAAUCAUAUUGUGUACAUGAGUAGAAAGGACACAUGGUACUGCUGGUAAGAACUGUGGCUGUGGUUUUUAACCUUACCAAGAGGGUACAAGGACUGUGCCUGUGUCUACACAGUGCCUUACGCUGCCAUCUUGGGGCUGAGGAUGGGGGAAAGUACCUUGUGAUGAGUGAAAGGCAUUAAAUAAAAACAUGUUUACA